GUUGUGACGUCACAUGUUUGGAUGUUUGAGAGCUGGGUGUUGCUGGCGUGGGUCAAGCUUAUAUCAUGUAUUAUAUCACCUUGAAGCUUCUUUGGUUAAUUUACCUGCCGUUAUGUGCUUAUGCAGAUUACUGCGAGUAUCCACUACUAAACUCUGCUAGAUUGACAGCAUCAUCUGAGCUUGUCACCAGAGAAGCAAAUAAAGCAAGAUUAUAUGAAACUACUGCAUGGACAGCAAAAACUGCUGACUACUCUCAAUAUCUUGAGGUGGAUCUUGGCAAUACCAUGAACGUAACUGCCAUUGCCACUCAGGGGCGUACAGAAUCCAAUGAAUAUGUAACAGCAUACACCAUAGAGUUUGGACGUGAUGGAACGCUGUUCUCCAUAGUUAAAGGCUUUGAUGGCAAUGUUUGGAUAGGAGAGGAGGAGUAUGAAUAUCAAAAUGGUUUACAAUACCCACAAGUUGAAUAUCCUGACACAGAAGCCAAAGAUGUAAGUGUAGGUAGAUUGCUAAAUAGGCAACUUGGGAAGCAAAAUAAUGCUUGCCUACUUUUGCUCCAGAUAAACCAGUCUUGCCAUAAGUCUUCACAUUACUCAAGCCAUGAGGACUUUUCAUGGUCUGCUGCCCUGAACAACUACUAUCAGCAUAUUGAAGCUGAGUUGCCCGAGAGGCAAAGAGUGACUCGUAUAGCUACUCAGGGAAAACAGAAUACAAGGCAGUAUGUGACUGAGUUUAUGAUUCAGUACUCUGAUGAUGGGGAUGUGUGGAGGAUGUACAGGGGGCCCGACGGAGUUGCUAAGGCGUUUUCAGGUAAUAAUGAUGGCAAUACAGUCGUAACAAACUUAUUUGACACGCCCAUCAUUGCACGCUAUAUUCGCAUCAAGCCAACGAGAUGGCGUGAUCGCAUCUCUCUCAGACUGGAAUUGUAUGGUUGCAAAUAUGUAUCAGAAUCGAUAAGUUUUGGAGGGAAUUCCAUGGUUAUGAUGGAUCUUUCACGAGUUCCAGUCACCUCUCUGAGGGACCACAUCCGCUUCAGGUUCCGCACAACGUUCCCAGAUGCCAUGCUGAUGUAUAGUCGAGGGACACAGGGAGAUUUUUUCUCCUUGCAGCUGGUUCAGAAGAUGGUACUUAACAUAAACCUUGGAUCAAAAUUAAUGACUUCAUUGUCUGUUGGAUCAUUGCUGGAUGACAAUGCCUGGCAUGAUGUGGAGAUCAGAAGAGAACAAAGAAAUGUGACAUUUUUAGUUGAUCGUGUCCGCAGAGAUGACAUAAUUCUAGGAGACUUUAGAAGACUGGAUCUUAACCAAGAGUUUUACGUUGGUGGUGUACCAAAUAUACAAGUUGGGAUGAAGGCUCGUGUCAACUUUACUGGUUGUAUGGAGAACUUCUUCAUCAAUGGUACAGCCAUCAUUCCAGAGAUGAGAAAUGCUGAUGAUUAUUAUUCUUAUUACUACAGCCGUCCCAAGUACACCAGGAUUAACACCGUUGCAACGUGUCCGUUUGGAGACUCGGCAGAACUGACCCUCACGUUCCUAAAGCGGGAAGCUCAUCUUCGGUAUCCAGCAUUUGAAGAUCAGCGUUCACUGAAUGUCUCGCUGGAAUUUCGAACUUACGAAGAUAAAGGAGUUCUUAUCUAUCACAAGUUUUCAACUGCAGGAUAUUUCAAGAUUUUCUUAGAUGAAGGAAAAGUGAAGGUGGAGGUUUCAGCAACAAAAACCCCAGGCAAGGUUGUGCUUGACAAUUUUGACGUCUCAUACAACGAUGGCCGUUGGCACAAAGUGAUGUUCACCAUCGCUGAGAAUAGCAUGGAGCUUAGUAUUGAUGAUGUACCCAUGAAGACUGUAAGAAUUAUCUCCAUCACAUCUGGGAAAUAUUUCCUAGUUGGGGGUGGUGUGUAUGGCUCAGAAGGCUUCUUGGGUUGCAUGAGGCGGAUCUCUGUAGUUGGAUUUAUGCAGAAACCCCAGGAAGAUGAAAUCAGUGACAAAACUGGUGUGGUUCUGGCUGCCUGCCAGAUCAUGGAUCGUUGUGACCCCAACCCAUGUGAACAUCGAGGACGUUGCAAGCAGAACUCACGCGAGUUUUUCUGUGAUUGCUCUGGCACUGGCUACUCUGGUGCUGUGUGUCACACAUCUCUCAAUCCAGUAUCUUGUGCUGCAUAUGGCAUCCAGCACCCUGGAACCAAACGUGCUGAAGUAUAUAUUGAUGUUGAUGGUUCUGGCCCUCUUGUGCCUUUCCCUGUCACCUGUGAAUUUUAUAAUGAUGGUAAAGUGUUUUCCUUCCUGAGUCACAAACAUGAGAAGAUGACUACUGUAGAUGGAUUUGAGAAGAGAGGAUCAUAUGUACAAAAUAUAAUUUAUGAUGCCGGCAUGGAACACAUUGAAAUUUUUGUCAAUCGUUCUUCCAAAUGUCGUCAGCGGAUUCACUACGAGUGUCUUAAAGCAAAACUUUUUAAUUCACCGUCUCCAGAAGACCAACCCUUUCAGCCCUUCACGUGGUGGGUAUCACGCAACAAUCAACCCAUGGAUUAUUGGGGUGGAUCGCUGCCAGGAUCGCGUAAAUGUGAGUGUGGACUAAUGGGCACCUGUGUUACUGACAAGUGGUGCAACUGUGAUGCUGGUUUGGAAUCAUGGCUUUUUGACAGUGGUGAAUUAACAGUGAAGGAGCACCUUCCUGUACGCCAACUGCGAAUAGGUGACACGGGCUCUCCAUUGGAUGGUAAAAAGGCUCGAUACACGCUUGGUCCUCUUAUCUGUGAGGGUGACAGUGAGUAUAUUCAGUGUUUAUUUUCUUCCAUGAUUUAUAUCAAUCUGCCUAUUAAAUAUAGUAUGUACGUAUACACCCUUCAUGACCUUCAGAGACUUAAGAUAAGGCAUUCCUUGCGUGUAUCGGGAGCUGGUUCUGGUCCAAUGAGUGUUAGUGUGGAGACAGCCUAUGUGCUCAAUGACAACAACUGGCACUCGGUAGUGGUGGAGCGAAACCGUAAAGAAGCACGACUGAUUGUUGAUGGUGGGCGGAAAGCAGCAAUAAAAGAACCAUCUAUACCAGUUCGUGCUCUACAUCUGGAAUCUGACUUCGUUGUUGGAGCUACUGUGGAUUACCUUGAUGGUUUUGUUGGAUGUUUCCGAGCCCUUAUGCUUAAUGGGGAACUUCAAGAUUUAAGAGGAAGAGCAGAGGCUGGACAAUAUGGUGUCCUACCAGGGUGUGUUGGCAAGUGCCAGUCCAGUCCUUGCCUUAACAAUGGUACCUGCUAUGAAAGAUAUUUCAAAUAUGAGUGUGACUGCAGAUGGACAGCAUUUAAGGGACCCAUCUGUGCUGAUGAGAUCGGCAUCAAGAUGUUAACAGACACAAUGGUUAAGUAUGAGAUUCCAGGCACGUACAAAUCCACCAUUGCUGAGAGGAUUCGUGUUGGAUUUACGACAACUAACCCACGUGGAUUUCUUAUGGGGCUGUACUCAAACCUUACAGGAGAAUAUCUCACUUUAGCAAUAUCAAAUUCUGGCCAUUUAAAAGUAACGUUUGAUUUUGGAUUUGAGCGACACGAAAAAGUUUAUGGGAAAAGAACAUUCCAUGAAGGCCAGAACCAUGAUGUAAAGCUGUAUAGAUCAGAUUCUGGAAGAAAACUUACAAUGCAGGUUGACAAUUAUGAGCCCACUACUUGGACAUUUGAUGUCAAAGGAUCGGCAGAUGCUCAGUUUAACAAUAUACAAUAUGUUUACAUUGGAAAGAAUGAAUCUAUGGCAGAAGGAUUUGUUGGUUGUAUCUCACGUGUUGAAUUUGAUGACAUCUACCCUCUCAAAUUUUAUUUUCAACAAGACCGUCCUCCUUCAAUUACUGCAGAAUCAACAUCAACGAUCUUCGAGGACUACUGUGGUAUUGAACCCAUCCGAUAUCCAGAAGAAGAAACAGAAACACGACCUCCACCGGAGGUGUCGCAGGAAGUGCUCAUGGAGUUGUACUCGGACAAUUCGGCAGUCCUUGGGGGAGUUCUUGGAAUCAUUUUUCUUGCAUUGCUGUGCAUGGGGUUCUUAAUUGGACGCUACAUGGCAAGACACAAGGGUGACUACCAAACUCACGAGGCAGAUGGUGCAGAUACUGCCCCUGAUGCUGACUGGGCAGUGCAGAACUCCACAACUGGUCACCAGGUCAAGAAGAACAUGGAAAUGUACAUAUAACACAAACAGAAUUUUUGUUUCGGCAGUGGACGGACAAAACAAUUAUUCAUACAUUUACAUCAAAAGUAUCAUGUGACAUCAUUUCCUAAAGGACAUAAAAUACAUAGUAUGCUAAAAUUCAUAUUCUUGAAAAUAAUAUAUUACAUUUUAAAGUAUGUUAAUAGUGCUAGUUGACUAGGAAAUAGAACACAUACAUAUUGCAUUGCAGUAUUUUAGUACCAGUACUUGUAUAUAGAGAACUCAUUAACAACAUUAUCAUCACUUUUUUAAUAUUUACUUGAAUAUAGCUUCGUUGGUGAACAGGUAAUGAGACUGUGCUUUAAAUCUUGUUAUGUACACACAACAUUAAUUCAGGACCUCAUUAAGAUAUGUGCUAAUGUAUUUCUUGCCAACAACAGUUAUUAGCAUUUUCAAUUUUUCAGGAGGGUGAUCUCAGUAAUUUUUCUUAGUCUUGUGUUCAGGAAAAACUUAGUUUAUGCCAAAUGAAAACUUUAGUACAGUAUGUCACCUUGUAAAAAAAAAAUAAUCUGACUUUAGUAUUUAAGUUUGGUAUGUAUAAAUGCUAUAUAUGUGUAUAUAUAAUUCACAGUGUUAAAUAGUAAUUUAGAAUUUUGAUUGAGUUCUUCAGAUAUAAUCAUUAGUAUUACUGUGUGUAUAUAUACUGUAUAUAUAAUAUCCUUUGAAUUUAUUCAUACCCAUGAUGGCAUGUGUCUUAAGGUUGAUAAAGCCAAAAGUGCAGGUGUACUGAUGCUACACAAAAAUAAUGUCAAGUCCUGUACAGUUAUAAUAGUGUAAUAUCAUUAUUUAGUGGUAGUUACAUUAAGAGUACGAGGUAGAUGUUCAGAAAAAAUUAUCAGUAAAAUUUGCUGAUUGAGACUUAUUCUCUCAUUAGCACUCCUUUUGCACUUUCACACUAGUAUUUGUUUAACCUCUUGUGUAAAAGUGCAAAGGAAUGCUGAUGAGAGAAUGAGCAAGUGUCUAUCAUCAAAUUUUGCCAACCAUAAGAAACCAUUUUGGAGAGAGAUUGAUAAGUUGAAAAGAUCUGGAAAGUCAGUGAGCAUGCCAGUUAAAAACAAAAAAUGGUAUAUUAGAUGGAGAGAUGGAGGUACUGAAAGGAUGGAGAGAAUAUCUUGAGAGUUGUUAAUAAAAGGGAGGCGGUGAUUUCGUGCAUUGGGCAGGAAGGAAUAACAUCUUGUAGGAGUAAGGAAGAGCCAGAGGUGAAUGAGGGGAAAGUGGGUAGAAAGACAGGAGGUAAAGCAGCUGGAACAGAUGGAAGAAAGGCUGAUGUGCUAAAAGUGGGUGGGAAUGUACAGUAGUUUUGGAAUGGUUGGCAUAUUUAUUUUAUGCAUAUAUGAAAGAAAGGAAGGUACCUAAGAAUUUACAGAGAGCAUAUACUGAAUUCCUUUGUAUAAGUGGAAAAGAGAACAAAAAAAAAAAGUAAUAA